GCGAUGACGCCCCGUUCGCCCUAAUCAUCUGUGAGUGUGAGGCAGGACAGUUCACUGUCGUUUCAGUGGAGGGUCGGAUUGACAGGACCGAAAAGGACGCAGAGGCGCCGUCACAACGCAAGCAUCAUGCCAACCCUCGGGCUCAAGGCGGUUGUCUGCGAAAAGAUUAUGAACGAUGUCAUCAAGAAAGUCAGAGUGAAAGGAGAAUGGAAGGCGUUGGUUGUGGACAGGCUCAGCAUGAAGAUGAUCUCUUCGUGCUGCAAGAUGACGGACAUCAUGUCUGAGGGCAUCACAAUCGUCGAGGACAUCACUAAAAAACGUGAGCCCCUGCCCAGCAUGGAAGCCAUCUAUCUCAUCUCACCCAAUGAUGAAUCUGUAGAAGGCCUCAUCAGUGACUUCCGGGACCCCCGCAACACCAUGUACAGGGGGGCUCACGUCUUCUUCACAGAUACUAUCCCAGACUCCCUGUUCAACCUGCUGACCAAAUCCCGGGCCUCCAAAGUCAUGAAAACCUUGACUGAGAUUCACAUAGCCUUUCUACCCUACGAAUCACAGGUGUACUCCUUGGACAAACCAGAUUCCUUCCAAGACUUCUACAGCCCCUUCAAGGAGGACGUGAAGACCCCGAUGAUGGAGCGUCUGGCUGAGCAGCUGGCCACCCUGUGCUGUACGCUCAAGGAGUACCCUGCCGUGCGCUACAGAGUGGAACACAAAGACAACGCCAUUCUGGCUCAGUUUCUGCAGGACAAGCUGGACGGGUACAAGGCAGACGACCCCACCAUGGGAGAGGGUCCAGAUAAGGCCCGGUCUCAGCUGUUGAUCCUGGACAGAGGCUUUGACCCCGUGACCCCUGUGCUGCACGAGCUCACCCUCCAGGCCAUGAGCUAUGACCUGCUGCCCAUUGAAAAUGACGUUUACCAGUUUGAGACCAGUGGAAUGGGAGAGACUCGCAUGAAAGAUGUUCUUCUGGAUGAGGAUGAUGACCUUUGGAUGACCUUGCGUCACAAGCACAUUGCAGAAGUAUCCACGGCAGUGACAAAAUCUCUGAAGGACUUCACGUCAAGCAAAAAGAUGAACACAGGAGAGAAGACCUCACUAAAGGAGCUAUCACAGAUGUUGAAGAAGAUGCCACAGUAUCAGAAGGAGCUGGGCAAGUACUCCACUCAUCUGCACCUGGCUGAGGACUGCAUGAAUCAAUAUCAGGGCACCGUGGACAAGCUGUGUCGCGUGGAACAGGACCUGGCCAUGGGGGCGGACGCAGAGGGGGAGAAGAUCAAGGACCCCAUGAGGGCCAUCGUGCCCGUCCUGCUCGAUGCCAACAUCACCGUUCACGACAAGCUCCGCAUCAUCCUGCUGUACAUCUUCAUGAAGAAUGGUGUCUCUGAAGAGAACCUUUGUAAACUCCUGCAGCAUGCCAACAUCCCCCCAGAGGACAGUGACAUCAUCUCCAACAUGGGAAACUUGGGAAUGCCCGUCAUCAUAGAGACAGCGCCAAAGAAGACAAAGAAGCCCGACCGCAAGGAGAGGGUCAGUGAGCAGACAUAUCAGCUCUCCCGAUGGACCCCACUGGUCAAAGACCUCAUGGAGGAUGCCAUUGAGGACAAACUGGAUCCCAAACUGUAUCCGUUCAUCUCCACUCGCACCGCUGCUUCUUCCAAAACCACCACGGCUUCAAGUGCUCGCUAUGGCAACUGGCACAAGAACAAGAGCCCGAGCGAGCAGCGCACUGGCCCUCGCGUCAUCGUCUUCAUCAUCGGCGGCGUGACUUACAGCGAGAUGCGCUGCGUCUACGAGGUCACACAAGCCAACGGGAAGUGGGAGGCUCUCGUUGGUUCCACCCACAUAGUCACUCCGGUGAAGUACCUCAAGGGCCUGCAGCACCAGGACUUCCUGGACCCCAACGCCGCCCCCGAAGACCAGGUGGAACCGGAGGAGGACUGAGAGGGAGAGGAGAGCACCAAUACGAGAUCGAACGACAUCAUCACCCCUACUAGCCUUCUCCAAGCCGUCAGAGACAUGAACAAACCUGAUUAUAGGCUGGACCUCUGAGUCUCU